UCAGUGAUGUGUGCACGCUACAGUGCCUUCCUUCAUGAUAAAGGAUAAAAGCAUCCUCUUAUGAAGUGUCGGCUAAUCACCCGAAUAAUUUUCAAGACUCACAAUUAUGUUUUAUAAUUAAAUACGCGUACCCUAGCUUUUCCUGUCUAUUAGACUCGCCCUCUUUCUCGCUCAUCUCUCUCUCUCUCUCUCUCUCUCUCUCUCUCUCUCUCUCUCUCUCUCUCUCUCUCUCUCUCUCUCUCUUUAUCUCGAGAAGCUCGUUCUUCACGUAAUUGGAAUGUCCACAUGAGGCUGUUAAGAUUUCUGCUCCGUUACUUUCCACCAGGUCUCGCCUUGGAAUACAGGCAAGGUGGCGACGUCAAAACUAAAAUGAUCGACCUUUUGGAUCUAUCUAUCGAGACUGACAUAAAAGCACUGGCAGAGAGCAUAAAAGCAAGCGAGCCCGUAAUAACCGAAAGUGUAAUGGACCAGUUAGUGGAAACAUUGCAGAAACUACAGGCCAAAGUGUGCAACGUAGACGUGAAGCGUUACUAUAAACAUAAGACCCUACGAACACACCUUCUUCCUUUAACCAACAUAGCGUUCGAUAAAUUAGGUAAAAGAUGUUUGACAGGAAGCUACGACCGAACUUGUAAAGUUUGGGACAUCGAAAGUGGAAAAGAGCUUCUUACUCUCGAAGGCCAUAAAAACGUGGUCUAUGCCGUUUCCUUUAACAACCCGAUAUCAGACAAAAUCGUGACCGGAUCGUUCGAUAAAACAGCGAGCAUUUGGUGUUCACGUACCGGUCAUUGUUUGCUCACUUUUUGGGGUCACGACGGUGAGGUGGUAGUGACGAAAUUUUCACCAACGCAGAAUAAAGUUGCGACGGGUUCUCUUGAUGCUACUUCAAGAAUAUUUAAUCUUACGACAGGUCAAGAACUGGGCUUGCUGAAGGGCCACACGGCGGAAGUAAUUGCGCUUCAUUACAACGACGACGGGAAUCAGAUCAUAACGGGCUCCUUCGAUGGCACCGUCAACGUCUGGGACACGAGAACCUUCACACGAGUUUGCGCUUUGAUUGGGCAUCGUUCGGAAUUAUCCAAUUGUCUCUACAACUUCGAUUACUCUCUGAUAGCUUCCUCUUCGAUGGAUAAAACUGCAAAGAUAUGGGAUACUAGGAAAAACGAAUGUUUAGCUACGUUAUUGGGCCACGACGACGAAGUUCUCGACUUGACUUUCGAUAACAAGGGGAAGAAAUUGGCCACAGCGAGCAGCGAUACCACAGCCCGAAUUUGGGAUACGACUACGGAUUUUCGACAGGUCUCGGUGAUGCAGGGCCAUCAAGAGGAAGUUUCAAAAGGUAAUAUUUAAUUAAAAAUCGACAAGUCAAGGGCUCAUAAGAUAUUUUUUAUUUAACUUGCUCUCCUUGAAAUCGUUCGUCCGAAAAAAAGGUACACUUUUAGCUCGUCGACGUCGUCCAGUUUGUUUCAGUCCACGCGGCCACCAUCUUUUGACCUCUUCUCUGGACAAAACGGCUCGUUUAUGGUCUUUAGAAUCCGGAUAUUGCGUGCAGAAACUCGAGGGCCAUACCGACGAUGUA